AUGAAGACGCCGUCAUCGACAGACGCGUGGUCGAAGGCCCGCAAGUCCAUCGCGCGCGCCAACGCCGGCGCCAAGCGCAACAUUUCCCUGGCGCCGCGCCCGCCAACGCUCGUGGGCGGCCGCCUCAGUCUUCGGGCGCUCGGCCCGAUCCUCGAGGAAGACUGUCUCGUCGACGUCUAG